UUGUAUGUCAAAUCGUAGUUAUGUAGUCAUUUAGUCAAAAUGUUAAUUUUGUUUGUUCCCUUUCGGCUUCUUCAUGAAAGAAAUAAAGAAAGAUAAAUAAAGAAUGAGCUUCCGUGAUAAACUCAAACCAAUACUUCAAGUUUUGAAAGUAGGUUCGUAUUGCGGAAGCGUUGUAAUGUUUAUUGCUUAUCAUAUCCAUGGCACACGCAGAAGAAUAAGCAGUGUUGUGAACUCCAAUGUUCUAGACAGAGAAAAAAAGCACAUCCCCGAGUACAUCUAUAUCGACGAUCCUUCCUAUGGCGUUAAUUUAAGACUGGAGCAAGAUCGAGAAAGUAGGAGGUCUAUAGGUCUUUUUCGUAUAUGGAAAAGUUUAAAGCACUCUUUGGCAUGGCGGCUUCUUUGGUUAUGUCGGCACGGGAACCGGGACCAGCGCAACAUAGCGCUCGAGCAGCUGGCGGCGUUCAAGAACAACAAACACUGGGACUGCUUGAAGCUGGCGCAGGCCAUGGACAAGAAAACGGCGGUACUGCUGGCGCGCACCAACGGCGCUGACCUGCGCUACUUCCUGCCGCCUCCUAUCCACGUGCGCCGCGCCGCACUACGUCCUGAGCUCCUCUCCUUCAAGCUGAUGGAAAUGCUUGCUGCAGUACAAAGUAAAAUUCCUCAUAGUUGUGUCGGAAACUUUCUUUCCAAAUAUUACGCAAAUGUUCAAGAACAAGCUAUGGAGCAAGACAGUGUUCCAUCAAAACCUGAUAACAUCAGUGAACGUGAUCUCUGUUUAUUGUGUCUGGAUGCAAUACAUCAUCAUUUAAGUCUCUAUUAUAGUUAUGAUUUUUCAGAAGAUGAAGCAACACAAACAUUAGUUAAAAUGGGCUUAAUACCAUGUCUGGGUGAAUGUUUUUUAAGAAAUAAUGGUGAUUGUGAAGUAGAUUUGGCUUUGCUUCGAAUUCUAACUGUAUUGAGUAUACAUUGCCCUUUACUUCAAGACUUUUUUCAAAAUGGUCUUAUCAGAGAGUUGUCCAGGUUGAUAAGAUCGAAGGAUGUGAGGCUCGCCAGCUCUGCAGCUGUAUGUCUGUCUAAUUUAUCAGGAGAGUGCUGUUACAGGCCUGGCUUGUACCUAUUGCAUCCCUUGUAUAGAACAAGAAACUCUCAUACCUGUGAUUUACUGCUGGUACAUGGCCUUAGAGGAGGAGUGUUUGUCACCUGGAGGCAAAGGGAUAAAAAGUGUGCUGAACCAUUAGGUAUUAUAGAAGUUACAAUAUCUAGUGUUGAUUCGUGUGAUGCACGCACAGAAAAUACAGCAGAAGUUCCUUAUCUAGAUCCAGAAUUAAAUGAAGUUAUUGAAGAGUUAAAGCAGUUAGAAGAGCAAUCAUUGUUAUCAGAUUAUGAAGUAGUAUUGCAUGAUAUUCCAACAGAAGCUAAAAGGGAACAUGCAAACAUGCCUUACACGGCACAUGAUAAGUAUUUAGCCUUAACAAAAGAAAACCAAGACAGAUUCAGUUACACAUAUUGUUGGCCUAAAGAUUGGUUACCAAAGGACUGUGACAAUUUAAGAAUUCUGGGUGUAAACUAUUGGAGUACUUUAUCCGAAUGGCUAGAAAGAUGUCCCCUGCAGACAGCAGAUAUAUCCGUGAGAGCAGCAGACCUGGCACCUUCACUGGUGGAUGCCGGGGUGGGGGUGCGGGACACCCCUGUAGUAUGGUUGUCACAUUCAAUGGGUGGUUUGAUAGUCAAGCAGAUGCUCACAGAUGCUGCUAUGUCUGAUGACCCCACUGUGUCAAAACUGUGUGCCAAUACAAAAGCUGUGCUAUUCUACAGCACACCCCACAAAGGCAGUGCCCUGGCCACAAUGCCUCGACCUGCUGCUGCUAUUCUUUGGCCUUCAAAUGAUGUCAGACAAUUGCAAGAGAAUUCUCCAGUUUUGCUUGAUCUACAUCAAGCAUUUAUGAAGUAUGCUGAUGCUUAUGGGUGGGAAACAAUAAGUUUUGCUGAAACUAUGCCCACUUUAGUAACAGCAUUUAAAGUUCCUGUUCAUUUUGUUGAGGCUAAUUCAGCAGAUUUGGGCAGGGGAGUAUUUUAUGAACUACCUCUCGAUCAUUUAUGUAUCUGUAAGCCUGCUACACGGCAAUCUAUUUUAUAUACAACUAUAUUGGAUGUGUUAAAGAGAGUAACUGCUAAAGACAUAGAACUUAGGUAUACAAAUCCAUUUGUGCAGUGGUUAUUAAACUGGUUGUGGUGGUUUUCAAAUAGUAAUGCUUCAAAAGGGUUGGAUAAAGUAGAUGAGAAUACCAACAGUGAAACCCUUCGAUGGUAUGAAAAGAUGCUUUUGGAUACAUUCACCGAUUUCUAACAGUAUUAAUUUAAAUUGUUCAAUUUGAAUCAAUUUAAACAUUUAUAAUAAUUACUAUUUUUAAUUAUGUAAGUAUAUAUAUUAUUAAAACUUGUAUUUCUUCAA